AUGCUGAAAGAAAAGUUGAUAGAAGAAGUGCGAAAAUAUCCGCUACUAUACGACCUUCGUGAUCCGAAAUAUAGUGACGUACAUAAGAAGGAAAAGGCAUGGAAUGAAAUCGCUAUUGUAUUGUCACAACCAGUGACGUCAGUGGACAACACAGAUGAUGGUGAUGAUGAAAAUAGCUUAUCUGCUGCGGAAAUUCUUGCCAAUGUGACUAAUAAUGAAGAAUCUCAAGACUCGUCAAUUAUCUCGGAGCGUCCUGAAUCUUCGGUGUCUAUGUACGAUUCAUCUAGAUCAGUGUUUCCUGACAUUCCAAAAACGACAAAACGAAAGAAAUUGCAAGAAACAAGUGCAUCGGCGGUUUUAAUGGAAUAUUUAUUAAAAAAAAACGAUGAAGAUGGAAAGCAGAAUGACGAAAUGGAUAAAUUUUUUUUAAGUAUUUCUAGCACAGUAAAAAAAUUAUCUACCUAUAAUCAAGCACUUUUAAAGUCAAGAAUUUUUAAUUUAGUUUCGGAAGCUGAAAUACAAGAACUGCAAAAUAAUCGAAACUGUUACUAUGAUGAUUUUUUUUGCACCAGGAACUUCUGGCUACACAACUCAAAACCUAAAUGCAGGUACUACCGGUAG